AUGGCGACCAUUGAACAGCCUCGAGAUCGUGUUAACGCGAUCACGCGUUCCCGAUCUGCCCGGCUAGCUGACCAAGCCGCUACAGCAGCCCUCUACGUUACACGCCCUGAUCGCAGAUUAUCUGUUCGCGAGCCUGCGGCAGCAGAGACACAGCUCUUUAAAGAUACCAAACCUACACCCCACCUCAGUCAUGCGUCCGCAGGGGCCGUUCUCGCCCACGCCAAAAGCAAGCCAUUCGAAAUCUGGAGACCUGGGAAGCUCCCCGCCGCAGAGAAGGCCGCCUAUCAUGUCCAAGACUACCGUGCUCCGGAGAUUUCCCUUACGAGCGAGUCGAGUCCUGAAGGAUACAAAGCUGCCAUGUCUGCUAUUAGAGACCGUCGAGCAUCGGCAGCCUUAAACCAGGAUGCUUCUGCCACGGACCAGACCGCUGCAGAUGGAAGUCGCAGACCAAGUGAACACGACAAAGCGAUCCUGGCAGCGACAGGAGCUUUCCGUAGCAACAGACAGAGAGCCGAUUCCUCACCAAGCAAGCCCACUGCUCAGUAUGAUGCGCCCAAUAUCACUUCGGCCACGGAGGAAGAGCCCCUCGAACACCUGGACAGUGCGAAUGAAGCUAGCAGGAUACACCACAUCGCGAAUGCCAACGCUCGUCUGUACACCGCAUCUCCGCCUGUUGCAGUUGAGACGGAGGAGCAGAACAAGAAGAAUGUGCUGCGUGCGGCAGCGGUCUCUAUGGCGCGUGAUAUGUACAAUAUUGCAGAAAGCCGCGAUGCGCAAACGCCUGGUGCUGCUGUUUCUGCAGCCCAGAAAGGACAUAGUCGCACGCGUUCCCAGAGAUCCGUCACCAAACCAGAUCCAAGCGCCCUGCAGCGAGCAAUGAGUCUCCAGGAAGCCGCGCAGAAACGUGCAGCAGAGAAACUAGCUCUUAUGCAUGAUGAAACCGCGGCUUAUCAGAAUUACUAUGGCACUGGGCCUCAAGCUGCUGCACGUUCAAGCUUGGUUCGCAAAAGGAGAACAUCGGUCGACACAGAUAUUUCUAACUUUGAUGUGGAACGAUCCGUGGAAAUCAGAAAUCAAAUGUCGAGCUUGCGGACAAAGGUCAAUGCGGUAGACGAACAGAGGCAGAGAGACCGACUUCUUCUCAUGGAAGCCGCAAGGAGAAACGUUGAUGCCGCAAUUCACGACAUGGAGUUGAGAGUCUACGCGGAGACAGGCCGCGCUCCGCCCUCCAAGCAGAAGGAGUGGGAAGAUGCAGCGUAUGAACAUGCGCAAAGGGAAUUACAAGAGAUCGAGUCGCAAUACACCGCCCCUGAUAGGGUCAACAUUGGUGCAGAGCAGUACAUGGACAUGGCUGAUGUGCAGGCCGUGGCUCGUUCUAGGGUCCAGCCUACCAUUGACGAAAUUACUGACCGUGCAGACCAGCAGAGAGCUAAAGACUUGGAGGCACGUCUGGACGAGGAUGAAAGAAAAAGACGUGAAGACAUUGAGCGUCAACGGGAGGCUGAUACGAGGGCUGAAGAAAAACGACAAAUUGAGGCAGAAAAACAAGAGGCGAAAGAGAAAGAAGAAAAGUCACGAUUGUGGCGAAGGAAGUCAAAGCGAAGUCGCGAUAAGGAAGCUCCCGUUGAAAAGGAUGGUGCACCAGAUGGCCACGUUGUGGGCGAACCUGAGCAACCUUCUGCCGAAACUACCCUCCCAGAGGCUGUUGAGGAGGAUAAUGCUGUUGCCGCCUCUGGUGCUGCGGCAGCCGAUUUGAAUGCCGCAUCCCCUCCAACAUCUCCUCGAACAGAGUCAAAGCUGAGGAACUGGUUCCGAGGUCGAUUAGGCCGCCGAUCUAGUGCCAACGCGCGUGAGACCCUAGGUGAAACGGAAGAAGAAAACGGAAGAGUACCAAGCUUCGCGGGAGGUGCAGCUUUGGCCAACGUGAAUGAUUCUCGAGGAGCGGCACUCAGCUCUCAUCCCAUUACAGGAACUGAUCUUAAUGAGAUGCAGAGAGCAUCCUUUGGUGAAGGUGGUGGUCUUGAGCAAGCAAGAACUACCGAGGACCAAGUAGGUCAGCAAGCCACCAAGGAAAAGUCGGGGACAAACGGUGAGCAGAGACGCUCUCGUCUGAGGUCUAGCUUCAUGAAGAUUGUCUCCAAAAACUCGCAAGAGCCCAAGACGAACGGUACUUCGGGUCAGGAAAACACUUCUAGACGCGGUUCUAAGGCCGUAGAAGGGGCAGAGCACGGCCCCCCUGAUGUGCAGCGUUCAACAGCAGCCGAGAGGGAAGACCUGCGUGAGAGUGCCACCGAACAAGGCCUGCCUGUGCCUCCUGAUAUGGCAAAACGAACUAGCAAUAGCACAGCUCGGGGAUCUAGGUUUUCCGAGGAUCUCUGA